UAAUACAUAUAUAAUUGCUUAAUAUACAGAAGAGGACGACAAGGCUCUUGGCGAACCUGAUAAACAGUUUUAUAUGGCAGUGGACAUUAGAUCUGUGAAUAAUGACCGUUACCAUGAUCCCGUGUACUAUCCAUUGGAACGAUUUGGUUUCGAAUACCGGCUGGAGAUCGCCCAAAUGAAUGAAAUCAGCUUUCUUCUUCCACCUUCACCACCUCUUACGCAAUACGAUGAUUUAAGCGAAAAGCAAUUCUGUACUAAAGAAACAACCUUCAGAACAAAGAACUGCACCGCCGAAUAUUGCGAAUGUACACAGAUUAUUGAGGUCGACCUGGGUGAUGUCGUGGAGUUAAUCGUGGUAAAUGAAGCCUCGAUCAUUCCUCUCAGCCAUUCAAUACAUCUACACGGAUAUCACUUUCGAUUUAUCGGAAAAGGGAAGAUUGGAGAUACGACUACGGUUGAAGAGGUGAAAGCAAUGGACAAAGCAGGUAACCUGACUCGCAAAUUACACGGAGCUGUCAGGAAGGACACGUUUGUAGUUGAUGAUGGUGGAUAUGCGAUCAUAAGGUUCCAUGCAGACAAUCCAGGCUGGUGGAUGUUCCAUUGCCAUCUCGUUACCGACUUUAAGCUUGGAAUGGGCGUGCUGAUUAAAGUCGGAGAGCAGUCGGACUUACCGGAGAUACCUCCAAAUUUUCCCCGAUGCGGCUCGUUUAAUGGCCAACAGAGAUCCGAGGUAGAUAAUAUCCAAGACAAACCGGGAAGCGCUUCAGCUGCAUUCAUUAGCAUUUAUGUCCUUUUGUUCUUGUUCAUCUGUAUCAAAGUUCUCUAGAUUAGGUCAUAUUGUUGUUUUUUUUUAAUACAGCACAAAAUUAUGUUUUCCUUUAUUUGGUUGGCAGAAUCACUUGAAUGGAUUUCGAAGAUGAAACAAAUAAAAAACCGCUGCUUGUAUGUGGCGCUCUUUAUUGUUUACUAUUUAUUGGUUAUGUUGUUAAUAUUACGUAUUAUUUAUAAUGUUACCUUUAUAGAUUUUUAUACUGUACCAAACUUUAGUUUUACUAAUCUACAUAGACGAAUGAUUGCCAUGAACUGGUGAGUGGAUAUUAAUGUACAGUAUUGUUUUUCAUGGAUACAGUUUUAACUAUAAAUGUUGAUCGAUCACAGUGUAAAGACGAUACACAACAUGGCUUGACUUUAGUUUGAUUGAUAAUUGUAUAUCUUUGCUUCUAUGUUUUAUGAUGAUUUACUGUAACACAUGAUUUAGGUUGAUUUUAAUAUGAUUAAUAGCAUUAAGUAUAUUGUCCUUGAUUUAAAAAACUCUUAUUUUUCUAUGUAACUCUAUUUUGUUAGAGGCAAGUUAUGAUAAUUUUGUACCCCUUUUUACAGAGGCUGCUUUUCCUGCUUAGUGUUACCCAGACUUUCUUUGACCGGGUUCAUUUUGCUACGUCACUUUGAUGAAUAAAUGUUAUGAAAUCCA